AUGAAAGCUUCAUUUCUGCUAAGCUGUAUCUCACUGCUGAUUGUGAUAAUCAAGUCGGAAAAAAUUUCUCCUCGCGCCGGAUCAAGAUGUGUUUGCUCAUCAAAUAAAAUUUUCUGCUAUGGCGGAAAGCCAGACAACGCAAAUUACGACAACAGUAUCUAUUUACUAGAUUUGAACAACAUAGAUAGAGGACCAGUGACUGAUUUAAUGAAAAAAUGGACUGAAAUAACGGUGGGCCAAAGUUCUGGUGUUCCCAGGAAUGAAUACAGGUAUGACAGUCAGUUUGUCGCAUUACCCAAUGGUUCUAUGAUUUUUGAUGGAGGAUAUAACGAAGGGGAUCCACUUAAAGCCAAAACUGUUAUAUUUGAUAUUGAAUCUUACACAUGGAACAUUUUACCUAAUUUUGAAGACGCUAAAAAUGGAGGAUAUAGACAAACAUACUCUGGUACAGCAACGUAUUUACCCGCAACUAAAAGAAUUGCGUUUUAUGGAGGAAAAACAUUAAAUGCUGCUUUGAACUCUAAUUUUACAACGAACAGUAGACAACUAAGCAACCUUACCUAUGAAACAAUUGCGGACCAGGAUCCCACAAAAAAACUAAUUGCAAGCAGUGUGGGAUAUUACUAUCAGACAUUUUUUAAUCUUAAUACCAAUACAUGGACUACAACUACAGUAGAACCUUUCCCGCCAAAUGGAUCUCCGCUUUUAACAAGUUACCAGACAUCAACAUUUCACCCUAGGACACAAACCAUUAUUUACAUUGGUGGGUAUUCACUCGAUGACGCACUAAAAGGUUCUACAGUACCACUCGACAGUUAUAUCGCAUUUAAUACUGGGUCUACUACCUGGAAAGUACAAAAUCUUACCGGGGUUAGCAUCCCAGGUCCCAGAUAUUUGCAUACUGCAACAUUACUACAAACAGAAGAUGAUAUUCUUGUUUACGGUGGUGCGUUCCAGCCAAAAAAUGCCUCACUACCGGCAGAGAUUGUCAGAGACUACAUAUAUACACUAGAUUUGACAAAGUUUUCAUGGACAGCUCACAACAAACUUCCAGAACCAAUGGGUCCCCGAGCCAACCAUUCAGCUGUACUUGUUAAUGACACACGUUUGUUCAUAAUGUUUGGUAAAAGAAGAUCUGCAACAAAUACUUCAUUUGUUGCUACAGAUAGUAUCCUCGUGCUUAAUGUGAAAGAUCGUGCCGCUCCAGAGUUUUUGGAUAAUUACCCUCAUCCCAGUGGUGAAGACGAUCCUUUUUCUAGUGGUCUGACUGGUGGUGCUAUUGCUGGAAUAGUAAUUGGAUGUGUAGCCUUUAUUACUAUUAUUGCAUUUGUACUUUAUCGUAUAAAGAGAAAAGGAAAGGAGGAAAACUUGAAAGAAAUGCAUGUCGACUGGGAUGGGAUUGAUAAUGGGUAUCGAGAGGAUCCUCCGGUUAUGACAAGGUUUUCUUUGAGCUCUGGAAGUCCUGCCACUACAGCAGUUCCGCCCAUUUAUGUUCCAUAUGAUGCUGAACAUGUUGCUGAAAAGCCCAAUGAAACAUCCCAAGCGCAUCCAUCGGUAUUGAACAAUAAUCACUUGAUUAAACCCGAUGUUUACGGAGACAUACCAAGGAAAACAAAACCAGAUAAUGACAACAAUAAUAGAAGCAUAGGUGGCCUAUUAUAA